CUAUAUACGUUUACAAAAAUUAUAACUAUUUAUAUAACAAUAUUAUAAACAAUGACAUUUGUAUAAAUUAUACAUUAAUUAGAUUUAUAAAUAUGACUUUAUUUUAAUUCGUGUUAUACAUUGUAAUAAGUGAUAAUAUCAACAGUGUUUUGACUGUCAUACAGAAAUAAAAAUUUUGUGCGCAAAAUUUAUAUUUUCUAAACAAGAGAAAAACGCACUUACACGUCAUAACAUUUAUAAACAAUAGUGUAUUGUUAAUAAAUAUAUACAUAUUUUUUAAACAAAAAUGGAAAAUUUUUCGACAAAUUUAAGUACUAAUGAUUAUAAGAAAAAUCCUAUUGUUUUUCUUGACAUAGCAAUUGAUAAUGAGAAAAUUGGACGAAUAAUAAUUGAAUUAUUUAAAGAUGUUACACCACGUACUGCGGAAAAUUUUCGGCAACUCUGUACUGGAGAAAAAGGUAUUGGAAUAAAUGGUAAAAAAUUGUGUUACAAAGGAUCUAUUUUUCAUAAAAUUGUACCUCAAUUUAUGAUACAGGGAGGCGAUAUAAUAAACUUCGAUGGAACUGGUGGUGAAAGCAUUUAUGGUCCACAUUUUGAAGAUGAAAAUUUUAAAAUCCAACACUCUACAAAAGGACUUCUUAGUACAGUUAACAAAGGGAAACCGCACACAAAUAAUUCACAAUUUAUUAUUACAACUGAAAUUAGCGGUCAUUUAGACAAUACUAAUGUUGUAUUUGGUAAAGUCUUGAGAGGAAUGGGUAUUGUACAAGAACUCAGUGAAGGUCCUAUUGUAAAAGAUAAACCACUACAAGUAUCAAAAAUAAUUGAUUGUGGUGAAAUAAAACAAGGAGAAAAUUGGGGAAUUGAAGAAAAUGAUGGAACUUUAGAUAUAUUUCCACCGUUUCCAGAAGAUUGGGAUUAUGUUUUGAAAACAGAUCCAUUAAAUGUCGAUCACAAUUAUGUGAAAGACACAAUUGAAAAAAUAAAAAAUUCUGGUAAUAAUUACUAUGGUAAAAAAAAUUAUACAAAAGCCGAGAGAAAAUAUAAAAAAGCUCUAGGGUAUUAUAAUUGGCUAAUGCAAAAUAAUACUCCAGAAGAUUUACAAUUAAUUUUAUCUAACAUACGAAUAUCAAUAAUGUUAAAUCAAGCUGUUACAAAAUUGAAGUUGUUAAAAUAUCGUGAAGCUCUAGAUCUCUGUAAUACGGUAUUAUCUGUGGAUAAAACGAAUAAUAAAGCUCUUUUUCGACGAAGUCAAGCGUACAUCGGUUUAAAUGAUUAUGAAACUGGAUUAGCUGAUUUAAAACAAUUACAAUCUUUUGAUCCUGAUAAUGCUGAAAUUUCACGUGAAAUUGAUAAAAUUAAUAAAUCUAUUUCAUUAUAUUUGAAUCAUGAAAAAAAAACAUUUAAACGUAUGUUUCGAUAAAAAAAUUUUAAUUCAGAUUUUAUAAUCAAAAAUAAAUUCAGGGACAAUAUCUACAACAGUUUUUAUUCCAAUUUGCUGAUCAAGGUACUAAUCACAAGAAUCUUUUGACAGAUACUACGUGGGCUUGCCCAAGAUGACGUACACAAGACAAUCUUGUAAUAGUCUUGAAGUACUUUGAUGUAUUUUUAUGAAAGUAUCUUGUGGAAGUCCCCUAGGUGCCUACAUCUUUACGUCGCAUCAAAAAUCACUUGUAGACACUAAUACAUGUCUUGCUCCAGAUCAGCUCAACUCUUUUAUUAGGAAGAUAGAUAUUUUGAGGCUUUAGGUGUUUCCCCAUUCGACCGUUUGGUGCUGUUGGUAGGGCGUGUUCUGUCCGGUAAGUCAGAUGCUAGGGUCUCUCUUAUUCAGCAUUUAAAUGUUGAGGUUGCACUUUUUGAAAAAAUUACCGACUAUGUAGGCAAUCUUCGCUGAUGGAUUCACUAAUAGUGGAAUGACGUCUGUUGGUGUAGGAUUGUAGAGUUUGCUUAAUAUUUUUAGCAGCGUUUCUCGUUGUAAUUGGUAGUCCGGACAUGAGAAGAAGACAUGGUUUAGGUCCUGAUUAGGUGAGCCGCAAGGGCAAGUUGGGGGUUCCGUGAGGUUUUUCCUAUGGAGGCUGUAAUUAAGGUUGUAGUUAGUUCAGGUAGCAAUUUAUCCCACGUUUUCUGAUUCUUCUCAACGAAUUGAGCAAUCAACACGCCAAUCACGCGAUUAGUACGUUUCACGGGGUUGCACUGCGCGAAUACGGUGGUGUUUUCACGUGCUGGAUGUUGAACCCUUGGGAUAGGUCGGUAAACUGUUUGCUAACGAACGGGGUUCCGUUAUCCGUGACGAUCGUCUCGACUCGGCCGAAACUGGUCCUUCAGGGUCUUGUAAAUGGCUUCUCCUUUGGGCUGGCGUAUUGGGUAUGCUUCUACCCAUUUAGUGUAGGUCCUAGUAAUUAGUAGUAAGCCCUGAUUAAAAAAAGCGAUUCAAAAAUUUCAAAUUUUUUCGAAUCGAAUUCAAUCCUUAUACGGUAUUGUAAAGUAUUUGAAAAAUUUGAAAUUUCCACAUUCGAAUACUUUUAAAUCACCUCGGUGAUUAUAAAGUAUUUGGAGCGAUUCAGAAUCAUAAAAUUUAAAUUCACUUUUGAUAUUAGAAAAUAUUCAAAGCGAUUUAAAAUUUUAACUUUAUAAUACUACUUUGAAUUCACCUAAACGAUUAGAAUUUAUUUAAAGCGAUUCAAAAUGGUUGAGUUGAAAUACUUUUAAAUUCACUUCAACGAUUGUAAAGUAUUGGGGGCUAUUCAAAUUUAUAAAUUUAUAAUACUUUGAAUUCGGCUUCUGUAUAGAAAGUAUUUAAAGCGAUUUUAAAUGAUCGAGUUUAAAUACUUUGAAUUCAGCUUAAUUAUUUGAAAUAACGGAGUUUUCCCUUACUGUUCAAAUCUAAUCACGAUAGUAGUGUUUGUCUAUUUGAGAGUAACAGAGGAAAAAGACCAGACUCUUCUUAAUUUUAGAAAUUGUUCAAAUUCAAUUGAAUUUCUUAUCGAAGUACUUAUAAACUUUAACUUUAUUAAAACCAUAAAUAAUUUCAAAGUUACAUUUCUUUUCUGAUACAAUAUAAUUUCUGAUAGAAUAUAAUAGAUAGAACUUAAUGGAAAUUCUUAUGAAACAAUACCAAGAUCGCUAGUAAUACAAACUUGUUAACCCUUAAACUUAACUUGUUUACCUGUAAACUUUUAACUAAUCCUAAAGUAAUAUUUCUUUAUCCAAAACAAUAGAGAAUAUAGUAGAUAAAUUUUUCCAGUAAUUCUUAUAAAAAAAAUACAAAGGUCCGCAACAUUUCAAACUUGCUUACUUCUAAAUUUCUUAACUUUUUAAUUUUAUCUUUAUGAAAACCAUAAAUAAUUUUAAAAUAAUGUUUUUUCUCUAAAACAAUAUAAUAAAGUCGAUAGAACCUAAUCAAAAUUCUUAUAAAAAAAUACGAAGAUCAAUAGUAUCACAAACUUGUAGCAAUUAGUUUCAAUGGAUCAUUCAAAAGAUCUAACUUUCAUUUUCUCCAUCUGUAUCAAUCAUUAAUUCACCACUAACAUUAUCGUUAGAUAUGGGUCUAGUCAAAGUAUUUCGUGUUGAUGAUUUCGUUGAAGUUUGCAACUGUUUCGUCUAGUGUUUGAUUGGUCAAUGUUGCGAUUGUGGCUAGCUCUAUUUUCGGAGUGAAUGUCAUGAUGUCGUAUGAGUAGAGAUAUUUGGGAUGUAUCGCCACAGCAAAGAUUUUAUAUUGUUUAAACUUUGUUAACUUAUA